AUGGGCAUGGUUUUUGCAGACUCUUUUGGUUCUUUGUCAAUCAACAAUGAUAACUCUUCCAAGAUCAACGAUCAUUUCAUCUAUGGCGGCCAUCUUUUAACUACUACUACUUCUUCAUCAUCCUCACAACCAUCUUCUAGUACUCAUUCUACUUCGACAAACUUCAAUGAAGAUGAUCAAGAUCAUGAACAUGAUGAUGAUGAGGAGGAGGAGGAGGAGGAGAGAGAAGAAGAAGAAGAAGAAGAUAUUGACCUAAAUCUUAGUGGCAGUUACUCUUUAAAUGGUAACAUUGACAGCCAUCAUCAUCAUCAUCAUAAUGGUAAAACAAGACCAGGUGGCAGUGGGCAGUCAAAGACAAGUGCAAGAGGCCAUUGGAGACCAGCUGAAGAUGUUAAGCUUAAAGAGCUUGUUGCCCUUUAUGGUCCUCAGAACUGGAACCUUAUUGCUGAGAAACUUGAAGGCAGAUCAGGGAAGAGUUGCAGGUUGAGAUGGUUUAAUCAAUUAGAUCCAAGAAUCAACAGAAGGGCGUUCAGUGAAGAAGAAGAAGAAAGACUAAUGACAGCUCACAGACUGUAUGGAAACAAAUGGGCAUUAAUGGCAAGGCUUUUUCCAGGAAGAACUGACAAUGCUGUCAAGAACCAUUGGCAUGUUAUCAUGGCUAGAAAAUAUAGAGAGCAAUCUAAUGCCUAUAGAAGAAGAAAGGUGAUCAUCAGUCAGAGUCAAAGUCAAACAUCAACUGCAACUCCACCACCACUACCACCACCACCACCGCCGCCGCCGGUCUCAGCCACUGUUCCUAUAACUCACAAUGGAUGCAUCCACCAACUGCCACCGUUUGGUGUCAUUUCUGGUCCCAAGAACAACAGUGAAUUGAUGAUGGGCAUGUUUAACAGCACCAACAACCAUCACAACAUACCUUGGGAAAACCAUUCAUCAUCGUCAUCAUCAUCAAACACAUCUUGGAUGAUGGAUGCAACUACUACUACUAACCCCAUCAACAACUUCCAUCAUCAUCACCAUGCUCUACAUCCUCCAUUGAUGACUGCUGCUAUGAACCAUCAGUACUACCACCACCAUCUUUACAACAACAGCACCACCACCACCAGUAGCUCCUCCAGCUACUCAUCAAUUGCAGCAACAGCAGCAGCACCACCACCACCACCACCAGAAGUUAAUAACAACCUUUCACCACCAUUUAUAGACUUUCUUGGAGUAGGAGCCAUAUGA